AUGGCUGAACAAGCUGGCCCUUUGGCUGGUCUCACUCUCCAAGAUCAGAAGCUCAUCAUGAACGCCUUUAAAAGCUUGAAGGGUGGAUUCGAUGUCGACUAUGCAAAACUCGCGGAGAAAAUGCAAUGGUACAUAAAGGAUGACUCCACUAAGCCGAACACCAAGAGGGCCAACAACGCGUGGCUGAGCACGAGGAAGAAGCUGUUUCCAGACGGCUUCCCAGCUAGUGGUGCUGUAUCUGACACUGGAGCUGCCAAAGUGAAACCGCCCGCUACUCCUCGCAAGAAGAAGGACGCAGAUGCAUCCCAAACUCCACGAGCUAAGAAAACUCCUACAAAGAAGAGCGAGCUGAAGGCCGAAAGUGAUGAUGAGGAACCUGCAACUGAACCUGUCGCGAGUACUAACGGCGUGUCCGACAAGUCAGCUGCUGCUAGCCCCGCAAGAAACACGGAUGGUGAAAGUGAGGAAGUAGCUGAGGCGAAUGUCAAAGAUACUGACGAGAACGCUACGACCGAGACCGAGGUUGCCGAUGCCGACGACGAUGCAGCCAUGGAUGAUUCUACUGCUUUGAAGACAAAUGAAAAUGCUCCGGUCACACCUGUCACUGCCACCUCCGUUGCAGAUGACAUGUCCGCUGGUUCUAUGACUCCAACUCCAGUCUCGGCCAAGGUGAAGCCUGCUCCUACCACGCCAAAGCCGAAAGCUGCACCGAAAGCUGCGAAGACUCCUAACACUGAGAAUGCCGCCAAGGCUGCUACUGUUACCCUCCCGGAGACGCCUGUCACUCCCACGUCAAAGGCUACUCCUAGGAAGCGCAAAACCAAGGCAGAGAAAGAGGCAGAAACCACCGCAGCGGCCGGUAGCGAUGACAGUGAUGCAGACGAAACACCUCCUGCUAAAAAACGCAAGUCCGUUGAUGCCAAAGCCGUGGUCAAAAAUGAGGGCGAUGAGGAAGCCACUGAGACUGAGAGCGAUGGUGGUCAGUCUUCAGUCAAGCCUACACCGGUGAAGACACCACGCAAAUCUUCAGCUGCAGCACUCGAGAAAAAGGCAGCGAAAGAAAAGGAGAAGGCAGAGAAGCUGGCAGAGAAGCUGGCUGCAAAGGAGAAAGAAAAGGCAGACAAGAUAGCCGCGAAAGAGAAAGGAAAAGCUGACAAGCAGGCCGCGAAAGAGAAAGAAAAGGCUGACAAGCAAGCCGAAAAGGAGCGAAUUAAAGCUGAGAAGGCCGCAGCGAAGAAGACUCCAACCAAGAAGGCAGCAGCAGCAAAAGCAUCUCCUGCUCCCAACAGAGAUACUGAAUCACCACCGAAGUCCAAGGCUCCCCGCAAGCCGGCUGCUGCGCAGCAAAUCAAGAAGGCAGACAAGGAAGAAGCUGACGCUAAAGCAGCCUUGCUUCGCCAAGAGGAGAUUGACAAGAAAGCCGACAAGGUCUUCAAGGGUGCGAGGACCGACAAACCAGCCAAGACCGAUGCCAGCAAGAACGAUGCUGCCGCCGAAAUAACAGCUACUCACAACGAACCUCUAGAGGUAGACGGCUUCAUUGCUAUCAACGCUAACGGCACCAAUAGUCCUGCUGGAUCUACUGCGGCCUCCGAGACUGCAAAAGCUGCACUCAAGAUCGCCAUCGAGGAGGAAGAAGGAGACACUAUCGCCGUCGCUACCGACGAUAAGAACGUCGCUGUUUCGAUCGAGAAGGCUGAUGACACGAUCGUUGUCGGUGAGGGGGCUUGA